AAUCGCAUGGUUGAAUCUAUGAAACUUUUUGACUCCAUAUGUAACAACCAGUGGUUUGUAGAAACGUCAAUUAUCUUGUUUCUCAACAAGAAGGAUGUAUUUGAAGAGAAAGUAACCAAAUCACCUUUAAGCAUAUGUUUUCCAGAGUAUCAAGGGGCUAACAGCUACGAAGAAGCUGGAGCCUAUAUUCAGAUGAAGUUUGAAAUGUUAAACAGACGGAAAGACACAAAAGAAAUCUACACUCACUUCACCUGUGCCACUGACACAAAUAAUAUACAGUUUGUGUUUGAUGCUGUGACAGAUGUCAUCAUCAAGAUCAAUCUUAAAGAUUGUGGAUUGUUCUAAAUGUGGAAAGUGUUGGUGGCACCAGUAACUUCAAAGUGACAGCUGUUUGUGUGUUCCAGUGCACAUGUCGUAUUAUGAAACUACAAAAAAAAUGUACAUAAAUAAUUAAGUAGUAGCUGUUUAAGGGACAAUACAAGGUCGAGAAAAAUGCUGUUCAUUUGAGGCAUCAUGGGAAAUAUCUUGAGAUGCUCCCUUGCAGUCUUUGAAAGGUAUUGAUAGCUAUGUAGGUACGCUCAAGUGCUGGAGAAUAGGGGGACAUUGAAAAACAUUUUUAUUAUUCAGUCACUUCAGUACACUUGUACCAUAGGCCUUAAAGAACUAAUCCUUUUAUACAGAAACACAUAAUUUUAUACAUAUAAAAUAAGUAGAAAGUCAGAUACACCCAAGUAAUAAAAUAAGUGAAAUUUCUACAUUUCAAGCAUCAUGAUUUCCACAAACAUUACAGAGCCAAAUUCCCACAGAAACAUGUGUAUAAGUUAUUAGUUCUGAUAGACCACAGCGUUUAGGUAAAGAUUCACUUCAUUCAUGAUUACGAAGUUGAAUAGCUUUAUAAUUAAUUUUGUUCACAAAUGACGAAAGGUGAAUUGAAAGUAAUAAUUUAUUAUAUAGUUAGGAGUAACUGUCAUCAAGAUAGCGAUUUUUUUUCUCUUAGUAUAUUGAAUACCUAUAUUAUAUUACAGUUAUGUCUUUAUUUUAAAACUUUGUGUAUGGUUUUAUAAAAGUGACUGAGUUGUGUAGUUUUCUAGAAAGUGGUAUAUAUUAGAAUAAUAUACCACAGAUUUUGUGUAAAGCAUGCCCUGAGGUUUGAAAUGGUUUCAUAUAAAUGAGAACUCCUGUAUGAUUACAGAAAUGUGGAACAUUUUCUGGAAACAGACCAAGAAACACUGAAAACCAUAACAUUUGUGUCACUGGAGUAUAAGAACAUUCCCUUAUUGAAAUCAAUACUGAUUUAAAACCAUUGUAUAACAUUCGUGUCACUGGGGUAUAACAACAUUCCCUUAUUGAAAUCAAUAUUGAUUUAAAACCAUUGUAUAACAUUCGUGUCACUGGGGUAUAACAACAUUCCCUUAUUGAAAUCAAUAUUGAUUUAAAACCAUUGUAUAACA